AUGGUUGGAGGCGGCAAGAAGAAGAAUAAGUCGAGGAUCAUCGUCAACCCCUCCGCCAAAGAUGGCGCAGACCUGGCCCUCACCGUGUCAGUCGCCCACGCGCAGCCACUUGCUGCCUCCUACAACGACAGAAUUCGCCCUCUUCUCGACGCUGUCGACAGGCUGCGGAACCUAAUGGUUAUGAAGGAAGGCAUCCAGCUCCCCACCAUCGUUGUUGUCGGCGACCAGUCCUCUGGCAAGUCGAGCGUACUGGAGUCCCUCGCCGGCAUCAGCUUGCCGCGGGGGCAGGGCAUCUGCACCCGCGUCCCUCUCAUUAUGCGGCUCCAAGGCAUCUCUUACGCUGGUCGGCCCGAGCUCUACCUCGAGUUCAACAGCAAGGUUGUCCACACCGACGAGGACUACAUCUCGGAAGCUAUUAAUGCCGCCACCGAGGAGAUGGCGGGCCGUGGGAAGGGCAUAUCGAACACCCCACUGACUCUGGUCGUCAAGAAGUAUGGCGUCCCGGACUUGACCAUGGUCGACUUGCCUGGAAUCACAAGAGUGCCCGUGCACGGUCAGCCCGAGAACAUUUACGAGCAGGUUUCGGAGAUGAUCAUGGAAUACAUUAGGCCUGAAGAAAGCAUCAUCCUCAAUGUCUUGUCUGCGACCGUCGACUUCUCCACUUGCGAGUCCAUAAGGAUGUCACAAAUGGUGGACAAGACCGGCCAGAGGACUCUGGCCGUCGUCACAAAGGCUGAUAAAGCUCCGGAGGGCUUGCACGAAAAGGUGACCGCCGAUGAUGUCAAUAUAGGACUCGGCUAUGUCUGUGUGAGGAAUAGGAUUGGUGACGAGUCCUACGAAGAAGCGAGGCUCGAAGAGGCGAAACUGUUCGACAUGCACCCUCAGCUGUGCAAGAUUGACAAGUCCAUCGUUGGUGUGCCUGUCUUGGCACAAAAGCUGAUGCAGAUUCAAGCCACCAUUAUGGCCAAAUGUUUGCCCGAGAUCGUCAGGAAAAUUAGUGACAAGCUGAACGCGAAUGUCGCCAAGCUUAAGAGGAUGCCCAAGAAUCUGUCCUCGGUCGCCGAGGCCAUGACGGCCUUCAUGCAGAUCAUGGGGUUGGUGAAGGAGUCGUUGAGGAAAGUCUUGCUGAGAGGCGAGUUCGAUGAGUACCCAGAGGAGAAGGACAUGCACUGCGCUGCCAGGCUGGUGGAGAUGCUGAACCACUACUCCGAUGAGCUCCAAAACUGCAAUGAAAUUGACCCGAGGGUUAACUUCUUGUUGGAGGAAAUGGAGGUCCUGGAAGAGGCCAAAGGGAUCGGGCUCCCAAACUUCCUCCCUCGCACUGCCUUCAUCACCGUCUUGCAGCAGAAGGUGAAGCGGGUAUCGAGCAAGCCACUGAGUUUUGUGGUUCUUGUAUGGGACUACAUCGAGGACGUUGUGAUCAGAGUGUUGAUGCGACACUCGGAGAAUUAUCCUCAGCUUCAGUUUUCGAUGAGAAGAGCAGCGUCCAAUCUGAUCAGCAAGAUGAAGGAGAAGGCGAUGAUUAGGAUGAUGGAGAUGUUGGACAUGGAGAAGCUCACUGACUACACUUGUAGCCCGGAGUACAUGUUGGAGUGGAACAAGCUGAUGAGCCAGCAAGACAUGUUCAUGGAGGCAAUCAACGACGAGUCUGAGCCUGGCAACAUUGUCCUCCAUGGGAUCGGGGAGGUUGACGUGGGCAAUCUCCGGAAUCGAAAGCAACUGAUUCAGCAGGCGUUCGAUCUGAAGAUGAGAAUGACCGCAUACUGGAAGAUAGUGCUGAGGAGGUUUGUGGACUCCACGGCACUGCAUCUGCUGUUCAGCGUGCAGAACUUGGUUAACAAGGAGAUGGAGCUGGAGAUUGUGGGGGAGCUGAUCGGGCCCAAUGGCAGCGGCGGUAUAGAGAGAAUGCUAGAGGAAGCGCCAGCGGUGGUUUCAAAGCGUGAGAAGCUGAACAGGAGCGUCAAGCUGUUGAGGGAGUCUGCAGAGGUGGUCUCCAAGAUCAUGGACCGGAUCGCAAAUGAUGGCGACUACAAUGAUUGAUGAUAGGUAGUUCCGCUAGUUGGUUUCUUAGGAUGGAUCUUGAGAAUGUCAAAUCUGAUUUGCUGUUUUUAAUGGAAUGUGAUGGCUCUUAAUUAGCUCCAUUUUUCCUUUCACUUGAAUUCCAUCCUCCUCCUGUUUUACUUGAGGACCUGCUACACAUGAGCCUAUUUCUUCACUAAAGCUAUAUGCACUUAAAAAACCCCCAAAGAACUCUUGGAAAAAUGCAAUGCCCCAGCCAUUACAUAUGGCACAAUAACAUCCAAGACUCAAUCUUAUGUAUCGCCCUUGGAUUUCGACUGAUAACGUAUCGUAAA